CAGCAGAUUUUUCUAUAUCUACCUCCAUCCUCGACAUCCUCAACGCCAUCAUUCUGCAAUUAUUCACAAUGAGCAGCUCCUACAAACUAUACAACUAUGACCCCUCCACUGGCGCGGCAGUGCUCUUUGCAGCCAUCUUCGGAGCCACGACUGCCUUUCACAUCUUCCAAAUGUUCAAACGACGAACCUGGUACUUUAUCCCCUUCGUCAUCGGUGGGAUGUUCGAAGCAUUUGGCUACACAUCCCGCUACUUCAGCGCAAAACAAACCCCCAAUUGGACCACUCCUCCAUACAUCGGCCAGAGCUUGCUACUCCUACUCGCUCCAUCCCUCUUCUCCGCAUCGAUAUACAUGAUCCUCGGACGAAUCAUUCGACUCCUUCGUGGCGAUUCCCGCUCUCUAAUCCGACCAUCAUGGCUCACCAAGAUCUUCGUCACAGGCGAUGUCCUCUCCUUCUUCAUCCAAAGCGGUGGAGGUGGAAUGCUCGCCACCGCAAAAUCAGAAGAUAAAGUCAAUCUGGGAAAUAACGUCAUCAUCGGCGGACUUAUCGUGCAGAUAUUGUUCUUUGGGUUCUUCAUUAUCGUGUCCGUGGUCUUUCAUCGUCGGAUGAACUCUUCGCCUACGCAGGCGUCGCUUACCAUGGAUAUCCCCUGGGCGAGAUAUAUGGGUGUUUUGUACGCUGUUAGUGUGCUUAUCAUGGUGAGAUCUGUAUACCGCGUUAUUGAGUACGUGCAGGGGACGACGGGAUACUUUCAGAGCCAUGAGGCGUUUUUAUAUAUCUUUGAUGCAGUGUUGAUGUUUGUCUGCUGUGUUGUGUUUCAUAUCUUCCAUCCGAGUCGGAUUAUCUCGAAUCGGAAGGAUUAUGGAAAGAUGGAGGACUUGGAGAUGCUGAAUGGUUAA